CUCACAGACUGGGCAGGCAAAUCCCAGAUUAACCUGGCAGGGUGGGAAGAGGAUUAGAAGGGCAGUUCCAGAAUGCAACAGAGGGCACCAAGGGUGUGCCACGGUAGGACACCCCUCUGUCAACCCAAAGCACAAGGGAAGGGGAGAAGGGCUUCCAAGCUCUGCCCCAGCACAGAGCUGGGAAGGCCAGCAGCAGCCCUGGGAGAUGACAUGUGUGUGCAGAUAGUCAGGAAAGGGAGAGACCCUGAAGCAGACGUGGAGCUCAGGAAGGGCCUGAGCGUGGCUCUGUGCCUGUGACCUGCUCGUGAGGGCCAGCAGGAGCAGCUAUGGAGGAAACCUACCUGCUGAAUGUGGAAGGGGUCAGGAAGAAGAUUCUGCAUGGAGGCCAAGGGGAGCUGCCCAAGCUGCAGGAUGGGAGCAAGAUCACCUUCCACUUCCAGACACUGAAGGAUGACUUUGAGCGGACGGUCAUCGAUGACAGCCGGGAAGCUGGCAUCCCUAUGGAGAUCAUCGUGGGCAAGAUGUUCAAGCUGGAGAUCUGGGAGACGCUGCUCAGCUCCAUGAGAACUGGGGAAGUGGCUGAGUUCUGGUGCGAUGCCAUUCACACAGGCAUGUAUGCCCUGGUCUCCAGGGGCAUGCGGAGGAUCGCAGAGGGCCGGGACCCCCUGGAAGGGCAGAAGCACCGCUGUGGCAUGGGCAACAUGUUUGACUACCAUAGCACGGGCUACGAUGACCUGGAUGAGCUGCAGCGGACGCCGCAGCCCCUCAUCUUCAUCAUGGAGCUGUUCCGGGUAGAGGAGCCCUCAGCCUACAAACGUGACACGUGGGCCAUGAGCAAGGAGGAGAAGCUGGCGGCAGUGCCCGUGCUGCACAGCGAGGGCAACCGCCUUGUGCUCCGCAAGGAGUUCGCGCAGGCAGCAGCCAAGUACCAGGAGGCUGUCAUCUGCCUGAGGAACCUGCAGGCCAAGGAGAAACCAUGGGAGGAAGGCUGGCUGAAGCUGGAGAGGUUGGUCACACCGCUGGUGCUCAACUACUGCCAGUGUCAGCUGGAGCUGGGAGAGUACUACGAGGUGCUGGAGCACACAACAGAGCUCCUCCAGAAACACAAAGACAACGCCAAGGCCUAUUUCAAGCGGGCGAAGGCUCACGCUGCUGUGUGGAACGAGCGGGAGGCGCGGGAGGACUUCCUGCGGGUGGCUCACCUCGACCCCUCCAUGGCCGCCGCAGUGAAGAAGGAGCUGAAGCAGCUCGGGGAGAGGAUGAGGAAGAAGCACGUGGAGGAUCGGAAGCGCUACCAAGGGCUCUUCCAGCCACCCCGGGGGCCGCAGGCCAGCAAGGGGCAGGAGAGCAGGGAGGUGCUGCAGGAAGGGGCACCCCAGGGUGAGGCUGGGGUCCCAGAGACCCCUGGGCAGGGGGAGUGGGGCGCAGGGAUGGGAGAAGCAGAACAACCAGGGGCUGACCAAGCGGAACAAGGGACCCACAGGGCUGGGGGUGAAGGGGCAGCACCAGGAGUCCUGACCCAGGGGCAAGCUGCAGAGGUGGAGGGGAGGGGUGGGACAGGAGUGGGGGAAGAAGAAAACAUGGGCACCUCUAGGGCAGAGUCAGGAAGCUGGGGAGCAGAGAGGGGAGCAGAAGAGGAGCAUCAGGACUACCUCAGCCCCACUCUGGGCACCCCUCAGCACCUGACUCUACCUCUUCCUCGACAUAACACAGCAAGAGACAGCCAGCCUGAGGGAGCCUUUGGGACCAGCAGCACCAUCGUGCUGCCGCCCAUUGCAGAGGAGCCUCCUCCCUGCUGCCUGAUUCUGAGUGACUCCAGCCCCUCGGCCCAGCUCAAACUGAAGGACAGCAGCAGGGCAGCUGCUUUGGGGUGGCAGCACAUGCCUGGCUGGCUGCAGAGCCCUGGCUGGCAGAGAGAGUUCAAUCCAUAA